UUUAUUCUUGUAAGAGGGGGUGAUUUUGGUUAGUUUCAUUAUUUUCCCUUGUCUUAGCAAACUAGCGCUCUCUAGUCAAACAGUAUAGCACCAUUUGUAUACAUUUUUAAUUCAACAGCCCGGGUGUUUUUGCACAGUGAAUCUUCUACAAGUGUAGGACUUGUUGAAACGACGCUGCGCCGCAAAAAGAAAUUCCCGUCACAGUUUCAUUUUCACUUUGAGCAUAUAAAACCGAGAACUCGCACUGCGUGACUCUGCAGCCUUAAACGUAAAGGCAGCUCGUCGUUUGUAGAUUUUAAGGCAGAUCGCUGUACUUAACUGGUUCGUUCUCAGUCACUCUGGAGAGCCAGGUCAGAUCGGCCUAUUCCUGACCAUUAGGCUUAAAUAUGAAAAACACCUAUAAGUUUCUUCCUGCUUUGAGCUGACGCUGCUGGCAAAGGCCGCCUUCCAGCAUGGGAGACAGGCGUUCACCUACUGCCUACCUGUCCGAGCCCUCACACUUCCUCCUCCCAACAGCCCUCAACUCUCCUGCGCCGCCUGGGCCUCAUUCGCGGUGUAUGGAGACACUGGAGUUCCCAAAGAUGCUGCUGGAGGUGCAGGAUUCCCUCAGUCAAGCUGAGGUGCAGGAGCUGGUCUUUCUUUGCGCUGACCUGCUCAGGAAAGACCUCAGCACAGUGACCUCAGCCACAGAUCUGUUUCUUCUGCUGCAGAAGGAGGACCUGCUGUCCUCAGAAGACCCUUCUCUGCUCACGGAGCUGCUGAGGAUCAUCAAACGCAAAAAACUUAUCCAAGAGCUGCGCUUGGGUGCACAGCUUUUAAACAGACGCAUCUCCCCUUACAGAGAGCUGUUGUAUGAGUUGGCAGAGAACACCUCAGCUAAUGAUCUAAAGAACAUUAAGUUCUUGUUGAGCGAGACUCUACCUCUGAGAAUACUGGAGAAAGACACGACAUUGCUGCAGUUGUUUCUGGAUUUGGAAAAAGCAGGUCUUUUGGAUGCUGAUAAUCUGGACACUAUAGAAAGAGUUAUUGGCAGCAACCAUCCCCGUUUACAGGCAAGAAUCAAACAGUUUAAAAUGAAGAGUGAUGCUGGCAUCACUGCUCAGGAGACAAAGUGGAAGAAUAAAACUGAAUCUCAGGACUUUUCUGUAACCAAAACGCCAGUUCAGCCUGAAUCCAUACCUCAAAAUGGGGACACAAUGUCUGCUGUACACAAACAAGGUUUGGAGAAUCCAGUGCUGUACCCCCCAUCGUUUUUUUCCCACCCCCAGUCUGCUGAGAUGCCAACUUCACUGUUAUCUUUCUCAGGUGAUAAUGUGGAGGGACAGAUGGCUAACUUGAGUCUCAGUGAGAGUUCUGAUGAAGUGCAAUCACACCAUGUGGAGAUCACCUCAACAGUUGAAGAAAAGAACUGUUCUGGCCCUAACCAACAAAGCACUUUGAAACUGGAGGAAUAUGCUAUGAAAGGAGAUUGGAGAGGAUUCUGCCUGAUUAUCAACAACUAUGACUUCUCAAAGAGUUGCAUAUCAUUAGGCAACAGAGAGGGAACAGACAUAGAUGCAGAAAAUUUAAAGAAUGUGUUCCGUUGGCUGGGAUUUACUCCGGAGGUGGUGCGUGACUGCAGUAGGGCAAGUAUGCUGGAGAUGCUGAAGAAGCUGUGCAGUCGUGACCACAAACAGGCUGACUGUGUGGCAUGCUGUGUGCUGACUCAUGGCUAUGAGGGUGGCGUGUAUGGGGUGGACGGUAAGAAGGUGGCGCUGAGGGAGCUGAUGGAUCCUCUGUAUGGCCAUCAGUGCUUCUCCCUCAGCGACAAGCCCAAACUCUUCUUCAUCCAGGCCUGCCAGGGUUCAAACGAGCAGCAGGUGAUUUUCCUGCAGCCAGACGGCCCUAACGACAGCAUGGAGACAGGCAUCGUCUGUGAUGCUCGCGUGCCCAGAGAGUCCAUACCCUCAGGGGCUGACUUCCUCCUGGCCAUGUCCACGGUGCCAAGCUUUGUCUCAUACAGAGAGAAAACGAGGGGAACUUGGUUCAUACAGUCACUGUGCAAGAACCUGCAACAGCUGGUGCCAAGGGGGGUUGAUCUGCUGUCCAUUCUGACUCAAGUGAACAAUGACGUGAGCAGCAAGGCCGACAAAACUGGACAAAAAAAGCAGAUCCCACAACCAGAAUUUACACUGAGAAAAAGAAUUGUCUUCCCUAGUCCAAGCAGCUCUCCACCCUCUUAAACAUCUUUUAACAGGAAUGUCAUCUAGACUGUUACUCACAGCAAUACACAAGACCUUUGUCAUUUGUACACAACACAAACCUAUACUUUUCUGAAACAUACAUUAGUAGAUAGAUAAGAAUCAUGUAAGUAUCUCCAAAUAUUACAUGUUGCAUACUUAAAACCUUCUUCUGUAUACCUGACACUGUGUGAAUCACAUUUGGGUUUACCGACUUGAAUGUGAAUCUUAAACAGAUAUGAUAUUAAAUGUAUAAAACAUUAAAAGAAAUGACAGGCUUACGGGUAAGUCAUGUAAAAUGACAGGUAUUUUACAAACAAUUUUAAAAUGUUUUUUUUACAAAUAAAUAGUACAUUUUACAAAUAUAUUUUAAUUACCAAAUAAUUCCACUAUUUUCAUAUGGAUCAACUCAUGGACUAUUGUUUCAUGCAUACUGUUUUGUUUUUUCCCUUGGUCAAGUUAUCUAACUUGCUUGUCUUGCAAUAUGUCUCUUUAUUGUCUAUAUCUCCUCAUUUAUUUUCUUUUGGCUCGUUUCUGUUUUUUAUUUUUCUUUGUAGUUGUAAUUCAUACAUUGAUUUACUGUACAUUUUCUUCAUUUCACUAAAGGUUUAUAGCAAAUGAUUUGUGAAAGUAAGACAUUUUCUUGCAUGAUUUAGUUGUUUAGUUGUGUGCAGGCGAUGUUUUAUUGUAGUUUCAGUUAUUUGGAUUAACUUUCACACUCCAAUUUUAAGAUGGAAAAUCAGUCGUUGCAGUGUAAAACACCCUGCAGGAUUCAGUUAGUUCCUGGUUGGAACUAACUGAAUCCUGAAGUACAUUAAUCAUUGCCUGAUCAAUAACUGGUGUCAAUAAAACAUGUUUCAGCAACUGAGAUGUUUUCUUAUUUCUUAUCAGGUACUGCAGUUAUGUUUAUGCUAAAUGCUGUGGGAAGUUAUGAAUGUUUGAAUUAAAUUGUCCAAGCUACAGAUAGCUUUAUUUGUAAGUUGGAACAAAUGCAUUUGCUGCUUUGUAUUAUAAAGUGAUGACUGUGAUUAAAAAUAAAAAAGUGUCUG